AUGGCUGGUAGUUCUUGUUUGUAUAUCGCUUUAUGCAAUGCACUCAUCGCUGCCGUGUGCUGUGACUCCCCGUCAGUCACGAUAUCGAGGCCGAAGCAAACAGAAAGACUCAAUUCCAAGAAAGUAGAUUUCGAGGUGAAUGUGGCAGGGCUGCAGUUACCAUCAGAUGGCAUGGCCCAGCUUUACAUCAAUGACGUGCUUGCCCUCAACAUCACGCAGAACCGAGUUGUAGUUGCUGCCCCGUUGGAGAGUGGUUUCCACAAGGCUCACGCUGUUCUCAACGACACAUCUGGAAACUUGAUCUCAAGAAGUCAAGACAUCCAUUUCCUCGUCGACGUCUCUGAUGUGAUAGAAUCGACAGCAGAACGAAUCUCCUUUCUGCCCAAGGAACCGGGAAGGGUGUCAGUGAUCAUCGCGUCGCACGAUCGGUUUGAAAUGCUAAUGGACAGCAUUGAAUCCGUCAGGAGGCAAACUUACGAAGAUUGGGAGAUUAUUGUGGUCAACGACGCGUCCACAGACCCUCGUUACUACACCUUGAUAGAAGACGUUACGAUGAUUCAUCUCCCUUACAACAUUGGGAGGCCCGGACUUGUUCGCAAUGUGGGGAUUUCAGCAGCCUCCGGAGAGUACGUAGCCUUUCUGGACGAUGAUGAUGUUUGGUUGCCCAACAAGCUACAGCGGCAGCUGGAGGUGAUGGAGCAGCGGGGAGUCAACAUGUCAUGCUCGGAUGCUUUGGCGGGGAACGGAUCGUUCGUACAAGGCAAGGAGUACCAGAGGUGUCCGGACUCGCUCGCUGCCGUCAGCUCACUCGUAGCUCAGGUGGCUGCGGGAUGCGCAUGGCCCUUACGCAGUGAGGAUGGUAAUGGAGGGGGCAAGACACUUCGGGGGGCAGAUGUGUGGGAUUGGUAUCUGCUGGUGAGAGCUAACUUUGUGAUCACGACAUCGUUCCUGGCCAAGCGCGACCUCUUGUUUGCAGCAGGUCCUUUCAACAACAAGACGCUAGGGGAGGAUCAUGAUCUAUGGAAGAAUUGCUUGCGGCUCUCGAGGCUGGCGUUCGUACGGGAGCCUCUGGUCUACUGGAGGAUCGACAGCCCCGACAAGCUCACUCAGAGCUGGAAAGAUUAG